AUGAGUAUGAGUUCCGAUGAGUCGAGUUCCAAGGAAAACACAUCGCACAGACUAAAUUUGCCCAGUGACACAAGUUUCAAUCCAUUUGGCAAGCUGCAAACAAUGAUAGAGUGUAACAGAAUGGUUUUGAGUAGAUCUGUUGACAAAUUAAUAGAAUCAGUAAGAUCAUUAUUCCAUAAAUCAAAUAAUUCAAAGUAUUUUUUAGUUCACAAAAGAUGACGUCGACAAAAAGAAACUUUUCCUGAAACGUCGCCCAGAAGCAACUCAAGUUUUGGUAUAUCUCAAAAAAGUGCUAGAAACAUUGAAAGGAUUGGCGAAAGUGAAUCCGAUUGCUGUUACGAGUUAUUUAACAAUUUAUGUACCAAGUUUGUCGAAGUUAGGAAAUGCUUUUUUGAUCAAUACAGAAAAUAUGAAAAGUGGAGAUACGCUGUUGAUUUGUAAUAAUGUCGCUGAUGUAAGCUAUUUUGAUGCAGUUUUGAGUCACAAAAAUUCGUUUUGAACCCGAUUAUUUUCGAGAAUUUGAAAAUGUUAAUCUCUGACUGAAAAUUCACUGAUCAGUUUUCUUUUGUUCUAUAUUUUGAAGUUCGGAAACCAGAUUUACAUUAUUUAGAAAUGAACGUCAUAAAAAUUGAAGUAUUUUAAAAUGAAACGUGAACUUGGAUUAUCUUAUGAAUAAUGGCAAUCACAUAAAAAAUAAACAUUUUGAAUUUUUCAGCUUCUAAACGAAACAGCCAAAAGUAGUCAACCUCCUUAUACAUCCGAACUUCUUCAAGAAUGGUCACCUCUUUUUGCAUCAUUUUUCAAUUCGAGUGUCGCAAUUUUGAGGACAAGUUCUGUGAAUCUGUGGAAAUGUACAUUUGCGACAAAAAUCGAUGGAAAAUUGAAAUAUCCGAAGAAUUUGACAAGAACAUUUAUUUUGGAAGCAACGAAAAAAGCGGGAUUAAAUGUGCCAGAAAAUGAAGAAGAGGAUGAACAAGAUAAUAUUGUUGGGGUAAAUAAUAAUUCAUGACAUGGCAGACCUUGUUGAAAAAUUUAGCUUGUCAACAUUAAUAUUUUCAGAUUCACGAUGAAGAAGCGAUGGAUGGAAUUGAAGUUGUUCAAACGAAUAAAACUCCAAUCGAUUUUGCAGAACCACUCAUUCCAUCAUCAUCUUCUACCUCAAAAAAUCAAGAAAGUUUAUCGAGUUUUGAACUUUCGCAACAACCUAACUUUGAUAAUUUGGCACAAAAACUGAUUUCGGAGAAAAAUGCGACACAUUCGCUGCCGAAAACUCCGGAAUCUGUUAAAAAAUCGCGAAAAUUCGCAGAAAAAGCUUUGAUUGAUGAGGAUUCUUGCGAUUUUGUGGUGAUAAAAACAACGCCAAGUUCAUCGAAAAAGAAUCAGUUAACUGAUCAUCAGAUGGAGAAAUUCGAGGAAUCCAGGUUAGAUUGUAUGGAGAUUUUUAUUAGAAAAAAUAAAUAAUUUUCCAGAGAUGGUAUCAAUUAUGUGAAUGAAGAAUCUCAAAGUGGAACUCAAAAGGCAGCUGCAAUUAAAAAUGCUCUAACUACUUUCAAUUUCGAAAUCGAGGGAACUUCCACUUCCACAGCUACAGAGAAAUCUGAAGAAGUUGUUGAAAAACCAACUGAAGUUUCUGAACCUCGAAAAUCUGUAAAACGUCAAAGACGAAGUCUGUUUUGCGAUGAAAAAUCAUCUGAUGAACCGAAAACCACAAGAACAAGAUCAAAGAAAAUGAAAAUCGAUAAUAAAGUGGCUGAAACUACAAAACCUGCUUCAAUUUCAAUCAAAGCUGAAAUUCAAGAUAGUCCUGAAGAGGAAACGUUGCCAGUCAUGGAAAUUCCCGAAGUCAGAAUCAGUGUGAAAAAAGAAGUAGAGGUAAGAAAACUAUUAAUAUCUCUGUAUUUGUCCCUUUUUUCAGGAUGAAAGAUCAACAAUUAUUAUUGAAAACCCAAUUUCUAUCAAAAUGGAACCCGAAGAAGAAUAUUCAUCAUCUUCUUCUUCAAUAACAUCAUCGCAAGAAAAAGACAAACAAAAACGAAAAUCGCGUAAUCCGAAAAAAGUUGAACAAGGUACACCAAAAAGGAGAUCAAUGAGAAGUUUGGCGGCUAAAAAUAUCGAAAAAACACCAGAGAAAUCACCAGCCAAAGUUGCAAACUCACAAAAAUCACCAGGAAAAGCUGCUAAAUCUCCGAAAAAGGUUGUAGAGCCAGAAAAAAGUUGCUGAAACUCAAAAAGUCGCCUGAAAAGGAACAAAUUGCCGAACUUCAAAACUCACCUCAAAAAACACCCGAAAAAUUGCCGGCUCCUCAAAAUACACCGGAAAAAAUGCCCGAAACUCCAAAAACUGAGAGAAAUAUACCGAAAAUUGCGACAACUCCGAGUAUUUUGAGAAAAACACCAGUUGAAGGAACUCCGAUGACAGAAAGAAAAAGAAAUCGAGUGCAUUUUGAUGCGACUGAAUCGUCGACCAAAAAUCGCGAAAUUUCACAAUCACCACAAAAAGUUGGAAAUGUUGAGGUAAGCAUUUUAAUUUUCGCAGAAAUUUGAGGAACAUUUUCUGAAGUCUUAAAAAUAAAUUCUAAAAACUGAGAAAUUAUUUGAAAUAAAUUGAGAAAAACAUCGUUUCAAGAAAUAUUUGAAAAUUUAUGAAUGGUCCGAAAAAUGAUAGGGUUUACCAAUAAUUUACUUCCUAAUUUAAAUUGUUUCAGAAACCUCCUUCAUCUUCCACUACCAUCACAUCUUCUAUUUCCACUUCCACCGUAUCUUCUUCAUCUUCCUCCUCGAAUCUUUUCGAUUUUGAUGUUAAUACAACAUUUUGUCCAAUUUAUCCAAAUCUUAAAGACUGUGAAGAUCCUAUUGAAUCGAUUAUUCGACUUUUGGUUCCAUUUUCUGGUGUUGUCACAGCAAUUUCGAUUCUACGAAAAUCGUUCCAUUCGGCUUAUAUUCGAACAAUUGGACAAUUUGCUGAAAUGUCUGUUCAACAAGUCAAUAAAUUGAAUGGAAUUCGAAUUCCAAGAGAGAAAACUGUGAGAAAAGUGAGUUUUUCAGAAAUGUGUUUUGUUAGAUCUGAAAGUUCAGAUUUUUAAAUUCUAAUUCUGGCAGUUUGCCUUGUUUUCCUAUUUUCUCCUGAAAACUUAUUUUCAAAUCCUUCUUUUCCAGGUUUUGGGUGAUUAUGAAGCGAAAUUGACGAAACUUGCAAAUAUGCCAAAAAUUGACGAAAUUUCAACGGAAAAUGUUGAAAAAGAAGUUGAGGUUGAAAAAGUUGUUGAAAUGGAAGUGGAGAAUAUGCCCAAAAGCACCGAAAAUCUUCAGGAAGUCGCUGAAAAUAAUAAGGAAAAUGCUGAAAUUGCGCCUGAAAAAAUGGAUGUUGAAUCUGAAAGACUUGCAGAAAAAGAAGAAAUUGUCGAAGAAUCUCCAAAAAUUCCAGAAGUUGUAGAAAAACCUGAAAUUUUAAAGAAAUCUAAAGUUCCGGAAGUUUCUGAAGUAGCAAGUUCUCAAGAAAAUUUGCCAGCUCAUAAAUCUGCAGAAGGUUCACUUUUGAAAGGUUAGUUUUUUUUACUCAAAAUAUUUUUUUUCACUCAAAAUUUUUUUCAGAAGCUGAUGAAUUGGACAAAUUGGUUCGAAAAAUCAGUCGGAAAUUGGGGCGUGGCCAAAUUUCAGCCACGGAAAAUAUUGCUGAAAUUGACGAUCGAAUUUAUGACUCAUUUUUGGUUUUGAGAGGAUUGGUCAAAGAACGUGGAUUUUCGAAUGUUUGA